AUCACUCCCCUCCUCCAGUCCUCCUCAAACCCGCCACCUAUGCUGGAACGCGACCGCCACCUGUCGCACACAUCAGCUGCCACGUGCCUUCCCCCACCGCCUCCUCUGCUUCCCUCUUCCUCCUUCAGAUCUCUACAGACGCACAGGGGCAGUGAGAGGGAAAGAUCAAUUCAAAGAUGGCUUGGUUCAGAAACAUGGUACGGCUCUCUGCAGUCGGAUCAUCCAUCAGACCCAGACCCGUAUUUUACCCAAACACUCCGGUUCAUCCCGCGCAAUUCGCCUCUUUCUCCAGCUCCGCGGCCGAUUCGACGCCGGCCCGCGACGGCCAGCCAUCGCCUUGCCCUCGGGCAGGGCUGGGGCCGACGAAGGCCCACGAGAAGCCGAGGGUGGUGGUGCUCGGGUCGGGCUGGGCCGGCUGCCGGUUCAUGAAGGGACUCGACACGAGCUUAUACGACGUCGUCUGCAUCUCGCCUCGCAACCACAUGGUGUUCACGCCGCUGCUGGCCUCGACCUGCGUGGGGACCCUGGAGUUCCGAUCCGUCGCGGAGCCCAUCGGGCGGAUCCAACCCGCCAUUUCGCGGGUACCCGGAUCUUAUUUCUUUCUCGCCAACUGUACUCGAAUUGAUACGACGAAUCACGUGGUCAAUUGCCAAACUCUUACCGAUGGAAGUCAAGCCUUGCACUCGUGGAAGUUUGAAGUGUCAUACGACAAGUUAGUCAUCGCGUCCGGGGCACAAGCAUCCACAUUUGGGAUCCAGGGUGUUACGGAGCACGCAAUUUUUCUUCGUGAAGUUUCUCAUGCUCAGGAAAUCCGAAGAAAGCUACUCCUAAACUUGAUGCUGUCUGAGGUGCCUGGAAUUUCAGAAGAAGAGAAGAACAGACUCCUACACUGUGUUGUUGUUGGUGGAGGUCCUACAGGAGUUGAGUUCAGCGGUGAACUUAGCGAUUUUAUCAUCAAAGAUGUUCAGGAAAGAUACACUCAUGUGAAAGAUUAUAUCCGUGUUACUUUGAUUGAGGCAAACGAGAUACUGUCAUCCUUCGAUGAUCGCCUGAGGCAUUAUGCUACUAAGCAGUUGACUAAGUCAGGAGUUCGUCUUGUUCGUGGGAUCGUGAAGGAUGUUCAAGAUCAGAAGUUAAUUCUUACUGAUGGCACAGAGGUUCCAUAUGGGCUGUUAGUGUGGUCUACAGGUGUUGGUCCCUCACCUUUUAUAAAGUCUGUGCAAGUCCCCAAGUCUCCAGGUGGAAGGAUUGGUGUUGAUGAGUGGUUGCGUGUUCCUUCUGUGCCCGACGUUUUCUCCAUCGGUGACUGUAGUGGGUUUCUUGAAACUACUGGCAAACCAGUUCUUCCUGCUCUGGCCCAGGUGGCCGAGCGGCAAGGGAAAUAUCUAGCGAACCUAAUGAACAAGAUUGGUAAAGCCGGUGGAGGGCGAGCCAACACUGGGAAAGACAUUGAUUUGGGAGAGCCGUUCGUUUACAAGCAUUUGGGAAGCAUGGCAACUGUUGGAAGUUACAAGGCUCUUGUGGACCUUAGACAAAGCAAGGAGGCUAGAGGGAUAUCAUUGGCAGGAGUCCCUAGUUGGAUUGUUUGGCGAUCGGCUUAUCUCACCCGGGUAAUAAGCUGGAGGAACAGAUUCUAUGUAGCAAUUAACUGGCUCACAACUUUCGUGUUUGGUCGUGAUAUCAGCCGAAUAUAAAUUUUGGAUUUCAAAGGUACCCUACUAAAAAAACAUAUAAAAAUAGAGCUAUCGGUUCCAUUACCAAACUGAGCUGCUAUUAUACCUGCAAGCAUGAUUCGAGCUGACAUAAAAGGUCUAAGCAAUCAAGCUGCCACAGGUGACUCACGUAUAAUGAAGCGGCUAGUAAGCAUAGGUUGUGGUACAAAAUCUAUUGAUUUGUUCAUUUCCCCCCUUUUUAGCAUUCUAGCCACCUGUUAUUCUGAGUUAUAUUGUAUCUAGGUAUUUAUACUGGUUGAUUGUACACCUCAAAUUCGAUGAAGUCAUUCAAAUUUGAGAGGCA